UUGUUUACUUGCUAUUAGAUGCAUUCACAGACUUGACCCCGUUUUCUUGUGGUGAAUUUUGUUGCUGCAUUUACUAAAAACUAUUUCGUAUAGUGUAGGAAAUGUUGAUCGCUUAUUGUUUCUCUCAAGCAAUUAAUAGAUCUACAUUAAUUUUAUGUUGUCUCUUGUAUACGACGUAAAAUGGAAAUAUACUCAUUUGAUCUGCCACCCUACUCAUUUCCGUGGGUUCAGGAAAGGAAAUCCAAGUCAGAAGUCUGGACUCUGGUUUGCUGUUGAGGAUUAAUGUGAAAGCAUUCCAGUGAUAUUUCUUCAUUUAUUGAGGUGGACUUGGAGACAAUUCAAUGAUAGUCUUCAAAGGAGUACUGAACCUGGAUUUAUUUGGCCAUGAUGAUAUAUCUAUCAUCAUCUUUUAGUAGUAUCUACUAGUCAAGAUCUAGAUGUUUCUAGCUGUUGAUGAGUUCUUGGAUUAGAGAUGUCAUAGAAGAUCUGCUACCAAUAUGAUAAACAGACUCUAUUUGUUUAUUUUGGUAGUCACAAAGAUUACAACGCCAAGCUUUGCCUCAGUGGAUGGUUCGAAGUACUGUCUAGCAAAUGUUGUGGCCCCACCAAAUGGAGUUUGUCCAUCAAUAAGUAUACGUAAUCUGGAUAAUUUUAAUCAGCUGAGAAACUGUACUGUUAUUGAAGGCAACUUGUUUAUUACUGUGGAUGCAACGAAUUCUCAAAAUGGAAUUUACGCAAUAGAGGAUUUGUCAUUUCCAGAACUGAGAGAGAUCACAGAUCAUUUAAUUGUGUAUCGGGUGAAUAAGCUUACAUCUUUUAAAAAGCUUUUUCCAAACCUGAGGGUAAUCAGAGGGCAACAUUUGUUUGAUGUCUAUUCCCUUGUAAUUUAUGAAAAUAACGACCUUCAAGAAAUAGGUCUAAUAAAUCUUGAUGUCAUUGGCAGAGGAUCAGUGAGGAUAUCAAAUAAUUUUAAGCUCUGCUAUGCUGAUACUAUAAAUUGGACCCAGUUGGGUGUGGAAGAACUGGUAUACAUUUAUGAUAAUAGCAAGCAACCAUGUCCUGUAUGUAGAAGUAACUGUGAACCAAGAAACUGCUGGUCUUAUGAUCAGUGCCAGAAGGGAUUCACAUGCAGCUGUAAAGCAAAUCAAGGCUGUAUGGCUAAUGGAGCUUGCUGUCAUGAAUACUGUCUUGGUGGAUGUAAAGGUCCAACAGCAGAAGAUUGCUACAGCUGUAAAUAUGUGUCCUUCAACAAUUCAUGUCUUUCAGAGUGUCCACCUGCAACAUAUAGGUAUAAGGGAAGAAGAUGUUUGACUGAUAGGGAAUGUUUGUCUUUACCUUAUCAAUCUGGAAAGGCUCCCAUGCUUUUAGUUGGUGAAAAGGGAGAACCAAGCCAGUGUGUCUUUUAUUGUCCUCAAAACUACACCAUCAGAGAAUUGAAAGAGAAAAAUUACAAUGAAUGUGUCAAAUGUACCGGAUUCUGUCAUAAAGAAUGCAGUGGACUUGAGGUACAGAGUGCUGAAGAUGCAUUAAAUCUUCAAGGUUGUACAAAAAUAUCUGGAGACCUUACAAUAAAGAUUCUGAAGAGCACUAGCAAAGUGGUAGAGGAACUGACAAAAGGUUUGGGCAAUAUCAUAGAAAUUACUCAGUCUUUUGCAGUCAGACAGUCUUAUGCUUUAAAGACUCUUUAUUUUUUAAAGAGUCUGCAAUAUAUAGGCACAGAAAUACCUAAGGAUUCUACCAAGAGCGAUGAGUUUACUUUACUAGAUAAUCACAAUUUAUAUGACCUCUUCCCGGAGGAACAAAUGAAGAAGAUGAAGAUAAAACAUGGGAGGCUGGUCAUUCACAAUAAUCGCAACCUUUGUUUAUAUAAGAUUCAAGAUUUUGUCUCACAUCUGAAUUUGACUUUUAAUCCUGAUGGCAUUAGCACAAUGACCAAUGGAGAUCAAAGACCCUGUAUGAAAGAAUUUCUUAACAUCUCAGUCACUGUCUACUCUCAUACAUCUGUAGUGCUUAGAUGGGAUAAAUAUAAGGCUGAUGUCAGGCAACUUUUGACUUACAUUAUGAAUUAUAAAGAAAUCAAUGACUUGAAUGACAUUCCAAAAGUUACUUACGGACGUGACUCCUGUUCAAAUGAUGUAUGGAUGACCAGAGAAUUUCCUCCUGUUGAUAGUGAAGAUGUAUUUCAACUUGGCUUGUUACGAGACUUGAAACCUUAUACACCCUAUGCUGUGUAUGUUCAGGCAUACACUGUCACAACUGCUACGCAUUCUGCAAUUACAGAUGUUAUAACUUUCAAAACUCUUCCUUAUUAUCCUUCAGAGCCAAGAGAUUUGACUGCAGUAGCGGAAAGUCCUUAUGAGCUUAAAAUUAAAUGGAAGCCUCCUAUCAAAACUAAUGGCGUUAUCAAGUACUACAAAGUGUAUUAUCACAAGUUGGAAUUCGAUGAAAAAAUAUAUUGUCAAAGAGAUUAUUGUGUGGAAAAUUUUUCAUCUCCAAAACUGAGGGUAACCAGUAGGUUGGAGGAAGAGAUAACGCUAGAAGAUCUCCCCAUAGGUUGUUGUAGAUGUCCCAUGACUCAAGAACAACUGACCACUGAAAGUCAAAAAAGACAGGUUGAAGUUCACUUUGAAGAUUUUCUCCACAAAAACAUUUAUUGCAAGAGAUAUGAUAAAUUACCAGAAGAAGUGGAUAACACUUUAGCACAUUUAAGCAUUGACUUCCUGGUGGAGCAUAGUGACAGCAAACUGUUGUGGCAAGAGCUAACCAAUAGUGGGUACAAUGAAACUCAUCUCAAUGAGACUUUGGUAGUGGACACACUGGAGGGUGAGCCCACUACCAUCAUACAGGGUAUCAGUAACUACUCCAACCCCUACCCCACUAUAAUGGAAGUAGAGGUCUACAAUGCCACAGAAGUCACCUUGACCAAUCUGGACCAUUUUAGUGAAUACAGCAUUGAGGUGAUAGCUUGUCAUGAGACCAACACCAACAUCUCUAAUGGAGCUAAAUAUUGUAGCAUCAGAGCAAUUACCCUGGGCAUUACUCAACCUAACUGGCGCCAAGAUAAGAUCAAUGAGUCUUCUAUAGAAGUUGAAGUGGAAACCAAUUACACAGGCAGAGUGUUCAUCAAAUGGGACUCUCCACCCAACCCCAAUGGACUGAUCAUGAGCUACUACAUCGUAUAUAAAAAGGCAAACCAAGAAAAUGCAGUGGGCACUCAGCUUUGUUUAACCAGACAGGAGUAUUUGAAAAAUCAUGGCUAUAGGAUGAAGCUUGAUGACUAUGGAAACUUCACGUUUAAAAUUGGUACUCUUUCUUUAGCAGGGAAUAAAACUUUUACUUCAGAGAAGUUUUUCAUACUGCCCAAACCUCCAGGUCCAGAUGAUUCUAACUUACUUCUGAUUGUUGGUUUAGUAGUGGGCAUUUGUUGUGCCAUUAUGAUUGUAGGGAUAGCUGUGGUUUUAUAUUACAGACAGAAAAUCUUGCCUACUGGUACUACAGUAAUAUCACCAAAUGCCAACUAUGUGCCUUCUGAACAUGUGUACAAUUUAGAUGAAUGGGAAGUGUCCAGAGAUAAGAUCAGACUGAUCAGAGAGCUAGGUCAAGGAUCUUUUGGCAUGGUCUAUGAAGGUAUAGCUAAAGGUUUAAGAGAUGAUGAUCCUGAGGAAGAAAUCCCUGUGGCUGUUAAGACAGUCAAUGAGCGUGCAAACUUUACGGAUACUCAAGAAUUUCUUAAUGAGGCAACAAUAAUGAAAGCUUUUCACUGCCACCAUGUUGUCAAACUUUUAGGAGUUGUAUCUAGAGCUCAUCCUUAUUAUGUUGUCAUGGAACUGAUGCCACUUGGAGAUCUAAAAACAUAUCUACGACAACUUAGACCAGAUGAGGAACAUCCAUUUGCUACACCUCCAACAUUGUUAGAAAUACUUCAGAUGACUGGAGAAAUAGCAGAUGGUAUGGCUUAUCUUGCUGACAAAAAAUUUGUUCAUAGAGACCUGGCGGCAAGGAACUGUAUGGUUGCUGGAGACAGAACAGUAAAGGUCGGAGACUUUGGCAUGACCCGUGAUGUCUAUGAAACAGACUACUAUCGUAAGGGUGGUAAGGGUAUGUUGCCUGUCAGAUGGAUGGCCCCGGAGUCUCUGAAAGAUGGAGUGUUUUCUAGCAUGUCUGAUUGCUGGUCAUUUGGUGUUGUCUUAUGGGAGAUGGUCACACUAGCAGCUCAACCAUAUCAAGGAUUAUCCAAUGAAGAAGUUGUCAGAUUUGUAACAGAUGGCCAUGUUAUGGACAUCCCAGAAAAUUGCCCGGAAGAAAUGGCUUUUCUUAUGCGACUGUGUUGGGAGAGGAGACCAAAUAAACGACCAACUUUCAAAGCAGUAAUCAAAUUCUUACUUCCCAAAUUGAAGUCCAGUUUUGAGAAGGUAUCCUUCUACUACUCUAGUGGUAGUGACACACACGAUGGAGCUGGACCUGGUAACAUAGAAUUGUUUGAAGGAACCCUGGAACUGAUUGAAAGACGUGAAGAUGCCACCAGCAUCAACAGCCUCUGCAUUGAAGGUGCCGCAGCUCCAAAGCAAUCCUCCCUUCCUCAAAGUAACGCUGAGGGGAAUAGUCAGUUUGGCAUAACCGAAACCGUUUUUCAAUUUGAUGAUGAGUUAGUUCCCCUGGGAUACAUGGACAAUGAAGAUGAUGAGGAGGACUGCUUUAUCUCAGAAUUUGGAGAUGAUGUCGAUGAUUCUAGCCAACCCUUUAUGCCAGAAAGCUACACUUCCUCAGUAAACCCACGGCAGCCAUUAUCACAUCAGUCUCAUCAUUCUAAUGGGAGUGAGGCAUCUCUGCACAACUCAGGUCUAAUAGAAAUGAAACCUUUGAUUAAAAAAGAGAAAAGUCGUGGUUCCCCUUCACCCAAACAGACCAUCAUACCUAGGCCAGUAGAGUAUCUUGAUCACGAGCCUCCAACACUUGAAAUGAAACCUGAUCCUCGAAACUCUCUACCACAAAACAAUCCUUUUUCUACAUCAACGGCUGACCCUCUAAGGUUGGGACCUCACAAUACCAUUGCCUCAUCAAAUCUUCCAGGAGGGCUAGUCUCAAGGCCUAAUUUAAGGCUGCCAGUUUUGAGCCCGCCUCCAACAACAGGUUUCAAAAUUGUCUCUCAACAUAACUCAGGUGACAACACUGAUGCAGGCAGGCAAGAUAAGCCUCCCUCAGGACAGCCAAUUGUAACCCAUCCUGCAGCUCCCUUGGCCAACUUAGUUCACUUUGAGAAUGAGCUAGAGAGCCCUCAGGCGACUGGCCUAUCUCUGCCAGACCAGCAUUACUCCUCUACCCCUAGUGCAAUAGCUACUACAAACUCAAGUGAUGGUAGCAAGGAGAGCACUAAAAGCUCUGAGAGUUUUUCCUUACGGAAUGGAUUAACAAAUGGGCACAUAUAUCUGCCCCCCUCAGAUAGACAUCGGACAGCCCCAUGCUAACCUACUUCAUGUGCUGUUGUUAAAGCAUGUAAAAGGGAACAAGGUUUAAAACUGACUGAUCAUUGAGUUGAAUAGCAUUGUCGAGAAGUGAUGGAUUACUAAAUCUACUCAAUCAUAGCAUGUGUUGCUAGAUUUGGAUGACAAGAGAAUCAUUCACACUAAACUUUAUGUAAAUAGUUGUAAAUUGCAAUUCAUUCAUAUGUUGAUUGAAUCACAAUAAUCUAUUGAAUUGUCACAUCAAAUCAUCGUAAUUCAUUUUUCAAAUGUUCAAUACAUUGACUAAUAUCUGAUAUUAUUUCAAUUCAAAACCUCUACUUUUUUUUUUGGAACAUUAACACUCAUUCAUCAUCAUCAUGGAAUACAAUUAAAAAGCUAUUUGUUGUGCUGGACACACCAUCCUUGGAAGCAAUCAUUACCCAUAACAAAUAUAAGCAGGACAGUGUUCAAAUAGUCGAGUUGACCCAGUUAUCUGCAGAAUUCACUAAUGGCCAAUGCACCUAAUGGGUUAGGUGUUUGAGGCAAAGUAAAAACAACCACCAUCUGUACCUGUUUAAUUAUUUAAAUUAUACCAUUUUAAAACUCUAUUUACCUCAACUAAUAUUUGAAACUCAAUGAAAUAGUCUUUUGAUAUUCUUAAAGUUCUGCUAGAAAACAAAAUGAACAGCAUUUCUCAAAUCAUUUUCCCCUGAGUAUCUUAAUAGUUCUUCUUUGGAAGCAUUGUUUAAAUUCUACAGUGUUUCAAAUGUUGGUGAGGCUACGAAAAUCUUUAAAAAUGUUCAGUUGCUGUUGGUCUCUUUUUUUUCUUGUACCUGGCUAUUUGUCUAAGGGUGUAGUGAGUUAACCACAGUGCAAACAUUACUCCAUAUUUCCAUAGAAGCACAGGCUUUUGUCUACAAUAUAUUCUCUUUGGUUAUUAUUAUGUUUUGUGAUUAGUAAAUCACUGAAAUACUUUUGAAACAAAUUAUAAUCUAUACAUUUCUUUUCUAUGGCAAAAUGUUGUGUUUUUUUUUUUGUCUUUUCUACAAAUGCUAAAGCUUUGUAGGACUUUUAUUUUCUUGAAGGUUUAUAAUUAUUGAGUAUUAUAUUAAAAUAAAUGUUUAAUUUUACACCACUGUUGUUUUUCUCCCUAUUGAAUGUACAAGAAACCUUUUCAUAUUGAAGUAUUAACAGAGAAUGAGCGGUUUCAAUCUCUUACAAUCUUGUAAUAUUUUUUCUUGACUGGUAGUUUUAACAAAUUGAACAAUUUGAAAUAUGCACUACACUCUUGUACAGUAGUUAUAGCAGCAACAGAAGUUUUUAUUCUCUGCUAUCCUAUUAUUUAAAAAAAAAAUGUUUAUAUUGUAUCUUGCUGAUCGUAUAGGACAUCGUAUAGGACUUAUUCAUUCCUUUCAUUCAUUCUUGGGCCUUUUAAGAAAAUUAAAACAUAUAAUUUCAUUAAGUUUCAAUAGCUUGAUUUAAUCUUUCAUUGUUGAAAACAAGACUUGACAUUAAUAAAUGGUAAGAUCACCUUCUUCAUUGAUCUUGUUCAAUCCAAGUUUGUUUGCACUUGUACCUAGUAAAUAAUGUCAUGAACAAAAAUAUGAAUGUAAAUUGUAAAUAUGUCUACUGUACUGAUUUACUUUUGAUGGACAUUUUCUCCCUCUCUCUCUACUAUGAGUUUAAGUUUGUUGUUUUUUAUUUUCAUGUAUAUAUAUUUAUCUUUUUAAAAUGAAGCUAUCAUUGUCAUUAAGCCCCUCAAAAACAUAGUAAGAUAAUUCAUUUGAAUACUUAAAAUUGAUAACAUACUUAAAAGCUGGCUAAUACAAUUGCUUUAGUAAAAGGAAACAAAUAUGCAGCAGACUAUGUAGGAAGUGCAAUAUUUGCCAUGCACUCUGAUGGGUUGGCCUGUUCCUAACCUCUUAAGAAUUGUGUGCCAAAGAUUCUCUGCAUGCAAUUAAACUCUCCCACCCCAGCCCUGAAAAUAUCUUACUUGAGUGGUAACUAAUGAAUAGAUUUAACUUAGAAAUCUCUCCUUCUCAAUAAACAAAAAGUCCACAUCAAAAAAGCUUUAAAAUAACAUUAUGUGUAAAUUCAUCUAGUCAGUUGUAUGCGGGGGAAAAAAACAACCUCAUUUUCUAUUGUAACUCAGAUUGUACUUAAAUAAAGGCAACAGCUUGUAUAGUACAUUUUUUUUGUUUGCUUUCAAAGGUGUAAAGUGGGUCAACAUUCCAUCAUGGGAAAGUUUUUUUUGUUUUUUUUUUUCACUUUUUCCUUUUAGUGCCUAUUCUUAAUUAAUUUAAAAUGGUUUAGAGUUGUCAAUUCUCCAAAUAUAUCUUAUUCUCUACAUAUGUAACAUAUUUUUUGUUUAAAUUUAUUUAUAUUUGAGUGCGUGUUUAUGAUAUAUAAAAAAAAAUCAACAAAAUGUUUUUGAUCAAUAUAUCUAAAGGUUGUUCAGAUCAUGCAUGUCUAGUGUACAAAGUCAUCCAGAUCCUCACACACUAUUGGACAUAACUUUGUAUGCACAUGUAUUCACUUUGUCAUUGCGUGUGUAUUGUAAUUUACAUUAUUUAUUGUUUUGUUUUUUUUGGGUUGCAAGAUAAACUAUGAUAACCUAUUCUGCAGGGAUCUUGUGUUAAGUGUUCUGUAUAUUUAUUAUACAGAGCUCUAAAAAAAUUUUUUAUCUGGCUAUAUUCCUUUAAUGUAUUACACAAGGAGAAAAUAAAACAAAUGGCUUUUUUUUUUUUGCCACCAGUUUUAUAUCCCUUUAUGUAUUGAUGUACAUAGUUUUCUUUAUAUUGCUACUGUAUUGUUUAAUGUGAACAAUUGUUACCUUUAACAUAGGAGAUGACUUUAUCCUCAUAGACUGAGUGUCAAUAUCAUUGCACCCAUUUUCACAUACACAAGUUAAGAAACAAAAUAUUAAAGUUUUAUAAUAGUUGGUUUUUUUUUUUUGUUUUUUUUUUACACUUUUUUUCUGCAUUGAUUGAAUUUUAUAUUUCUAUCAUGGGGUGUUACUGUCAAGAAAGUUUUUGUUUGAAGGUAGCAUACAUUUGAACAGUGAGUUGCUUACUGAUGAGGACAAGAUUGUCUGAUCAGUGUAUGGUAGGAAAGACUGGCAGCAGAAAAUAGUCUUUUGGCAAGUCAAGUUCAUGUGUCACAUCAGAACAAAUGUAGCUUCUAUUACUUCUCAAGAUUGUUUUUUUUUUAAAGAGAUCUACUGCAUAAUAGGAUGACACUUCACAUUUGUUUGGUUGUUAAGAUGAUGUUCAUUAAGUGUUGUUAGGUCUUUAGUGGUCUUCAAAUCUCUAAUCUUGUCUAGUAGUGAUGCUAAUGUAAGAGUUCUAAUUGAAUUUGUUCAUCAUGAAGAUCACAAACUAAACUGUACAUUGGUGAGAAAGAAUUCUCUGAUAUAAUGUACAAAUAUGUUGGUUGUAAUUGUCAUGGUGAGCAUGUUAUCCUGAUUGGUGUUGUGGUAGCCAAGUAUCUGAUCUAUAAUGUAAGCAUGUUUGGUAAACUUAAGUCUUUGAUUGCAAUGUAUGUUAGGAUUACUGAUGUCUUAUUCUUAAUGUAUGUUAGGAUUACUGAGUCUUUGAUUGCAAUGUAUGUUAGGAUUACUGAUGUCUUAUUCUUAAUGUAUGUUAGGAUUACUGAUGUCUUAUUCUUAAUGUAUGUUAUGAUUAUAAUGUUAAUUAUCUCAUAAUGUACAAAUUGUAUGAUUUAAUGAUGUCUUUGUCUAAACACUAAACAUGCCUCGGCCUAUGUUGUAAAUUAUUUUUCACUCAGAAUGUAAGCAUCAUAGGACUACUGGUGUCUGAUCAUAGUGUACACAUAGUAUGAUUAGAGACAAAAAUAUUUUUGUCCUCCCUCCUUUUUUCUAUGACACAUUUGUAUUACAACAUACGGGAUACUCUGUCUUAUAUUUAAAUUAUUGCUUUUUUGUGUGUUUAAUUAUAUAAUAAAAAAAAAAAAACUGGCAUCCGCCAAUUUGGUAAGUUUCUCUAGUUAGCUACUACCAUUGGCAAAUAAACAUUAUGUUUUACUAAAUAUAUAAUCUUGAAAACUUUUUCAAUGGAAUCUUCAUUGAUUUCUAACUAUAUCAAGUCAGGAGUUUAGAAAAAUAUCAUGGGCGCUUCAUUUUUACUUAAGAAAAAUACCUCCAGAGUUUCAUUUUUUUACUUUCUAAAUUUCAGAAAAAUACCAAGGGAGUCUUAUUUUAAAUAUAUCUUUUAUUUUAGAUUAAUGGAAAUACACUUUUUCUUCUUAUUUUGCAUAAAAUAAUUGUCCACUGUCAAUGAGUCCUAACAAAUGGCUUAAUAGAAGCAGUUAAAAUAUAAAGAGCAUAUACAAUUUACUCAAAGAAUAAAUAUUCAUUUUCCUAAUUCACAUACAGGAUAUUGAGUUCAAAAUUAAUCUUGUAAUAAUACCAUAUAUUUUAAGCUAAUCAAUAUUUCUCAAUGAAAAUAAGGAAUUUCUGUAAAACUAUUUCUGUUGUUAUAAAACUUCUAUGUAAACUAUACUUAGGCUAAGCAUGAAAAAUUCAAAUUGACUCAUUUAGGCAGAAGAGGACAAGUGUAACUGCAAAAUAUUGGGAAGUGCUUGUGGUGGUUGAGUUUUGAUGUGUUAUGCAUUGCUUGUACCUCUACAACACACACUGAGAAAGAUUUCCUUUCUUGUCAUUCUUAUAUUUCAUCAUUUGUUACAGUUGUUAAUUAUUUCAUUGCAAUUUCAUUGUUUGUUUGAAUGUUUCAUCAGGUAUGAACUUCAGAUUAUUGACAUUCAUGAAUGAUUGGCAAAAAUAAAGUGUAUGUAAUGGCAA